UGUUUGUUUGUGAUGGAAAUGAUGGCGCUGAAUGGAAACUGUAGGACUAAUCCCAAAGACCAGGCGUCGGUCCAGAACAGUUUUCCAGAUGUUGUUGAGUUAAACGUCGGGGGGCAGGUUUAUUACACGCGCCACUCAACUUUGGUGGGCACCCCAAACUCGUUACUUGGGAAGCUCUUCUCUUCCAAAAAAGAAGCGUCUAAUGACCUGGCAAGGGACCCCAAAGGCCGUUACUUCAUCGACAGGGAUGGGUUUUUAUUCCGCUACGUUUUGGAUUUUCUCCGGGACCGGCAGGUUGUCCUCCCGGACCAUUUUCCGGAGAAAGGGAGGCUCAGAAAGGAGGCUGAGUACUUCCAGCUGCCUGACCUGGUGAAGCUCUUGAGCCCCGAGGAUAUCAAACACAGCCCGGAUGACUACUUCCACAGCGACCACGAGGAUGGGUCUCAGGGCAGCGACCACCGGCAGUGCCCCCCGCCCUCUUUGGUCCCCGCGGAUAGAAAGAGCGGCUUCAUCACGGUGGGCUACCGAGGCUCGUGCACCAUGGGCCGUGAGAAUCAGUCUGAUGCCAAGUUCCGGAGGGUCCCUCGGAUACUGAUUUGCGGCAGGGUGGCCCUCGCCAAAGAGGUAUUCGGGGAGACUUUAAACGAGAGCCGUGACCCGGACAGGACACCGGACCGGUACACCUCCCGGUUCUACCUCAAGUUCAAGCACCUGGAGAGAGCUUUUGACAUGUUGUCGGAGUGCGGUUUCCAAAUGGUGGCCUGCAACUCGUCGGUCACGGCCUCGUUUGUCAACCAGCACACGGAGGACAAAGUCUGGUCCAGCUACACGGAGUACGUGUUCUACCGUAAACCCCAACGCUGUGCAUCUCCCAAACAGCUCCAUGCAGAAAGACUUCAUGACAAAAAUCAAUCAGAGGGCAAUCGCGAGAGCGGCACCUCCUUCAACGAGCUCUCCACUUCCAGCUCAGAGAGUCAGUCAGAAGCCAGCUCUCCCCAGGGAACGGUCAUCUGCGGUCCCGUCAGUCGUCAGUCACAUCCUCAUACCAAGGUUCACACCCUGGAUAGGCCGCUUAAGAAAGGCCCGGUUAGCAUGCUUCAGCAGUCUGAACAGCGACGGAAGAGUGACUUACUCCGCACCCUUACCGCCAGUUCUCGAGACACCAGCGGCAGCAAGAAGCGGCCCGCGAAGGAGAAGCUAACUGUUGAGGAGGAGCUGGAAAAGUGCAUUCAAGACUUCCGAAAGAUCAAGAUCCCGCAGAGGUUUCCUGAGAGGAAGUACAUGUGGCAGGCUGACCUACUAAGAAAGUACCAUGUUUGAGCAUGGGUAAAGGAUGCAAAGAGAGAGCACAAACACAAGGCCAAGGAUUAGUUUAUGUCUUUUUGAUCGUGAACUUUUGCCACAAAAUUACGUUUGCGGGGGAAAAAAAAAACUU